AAUCCGUUUUUUUAUUAAAGACCUGAUAAGGGGAACUGUAUUGCAAAAACGUGAUGUGAACCCAGCCUCAUAUGUGUCCAUCAGGUUUUCUUUUCCAGGCAGACUAUACCCAGGACCCAUGACACAUUAUGACUUCACACUGAAUGGAGCCUGAGCUUUAUUUACAUGAAAAUAUCCGCCUUUGUGUUUUCGUUGCAUCAACACGUCCGCCUGUUAACCCAUUAUGUGCUGUAUCUAUUCCAGAGGAGUCUACAGGCUGCAGACGGUGCCAUUCCUCAUCACAGGACGCUCUUUGCUGCCAACUAGCGGCGGCGGGCGGAGUAGCAGUCCGAUCAAUACGUGUUGCUGAGCUCCGGGAGGAAGGGCAGAUAAUUAAAUCCAGCUAAAUAAUUCAGUGCUCUCCCUGCCGAGGACAACAUGCCCGCCGUGGAUAAGCUGCUGCUGGAGGAGGCCUUGCAGGACAGCCCCCAGGUAAGGGCGCUUUCCGUCGUGCAUCGGGGGCGCAGAUGGCACAGUGACGCUGUUCACACUAUCUACAUCACCCGGCUCCUGCUGGAAGUUAUCGUGUAACUCAGGGCGCAAAGUCCGUCGGAUGUGGUAAUAAGGGGCACGGGCUGCGGACACUACGUGGAACAGACCCGGAUGCAGGAAAACUUUGUUGUUAUUGUUGUUGUGGCAGCCUGUCAUAGCUGCGCAUCCGCCGGGUCACCUGAGCGGGUCACGUGACUGUCUGGCUCUUGGGGGAGGGGGUGUCGGGCCGUGGGUUCUGACCCCGGGCAUUGGCACUGUGGCGGGCGGGGGUGAGGCCUGCGGGUAGGAGACCGGGCGGCUUGUUGUGAGGUGACUGAGGGCCGCUACACUGGGUGGACAUGGCUGCACCGACAACUUUCCUCAGUGCCCACCCCCUGCCACUAGUCUCCUACCAAAGCCCCCUGCUUCAAACCCGCUCCCUUUUGAGUGUUUUUGAGGAAGAUGCUGGAACACUAACAGAAUAUACAAAUCAGCUGCUUCAGACUAUGCAAAGAGUUUAUGGGGCUCAGAAUGAAAUGUGCUUGGCUACCCAACAGUUGUCCAGCCAACUCCUUGAGUAUGAAAAACAGAAUUUUGCCCUGGGGAAAGGCGAUGAAGAAGUUAUAUCAACUCUACAAUAUUUUGCAAAUGUAACAAAUGAGCUUAAUGCGCUUCAUACAGAACUAGCAAAGCAGCUGGCAGACAGCAUGGUGUUGCCCUUGAUACAGUUUCGUGAAAAGGAUCUUACAGAAGUAAGCACAUUAAAAGAUCUUUUUCUUCUUGCUAGCAAUGAGCAUGACCUGUCGAUGGCAAAGUACAGCAGGCUGCCCAAAAAAAAAGAGAAUGAAAAACUGAAAGCUGAGAUCGCAAAAGAAGUUGCUGGAGCCAGAAGGAAGCAACACCUCUCAUCCUUGCAGUACUACUGUGCCUUAAAUGCUCUGCAGUACAGAAAGAGGACAGCAAUGCUGGAUCCCAUUCUUGGGUACACACAAGGACAGAUUGCUUUUUUGAAAAAAGGAUAUAAAAUGUUUUCCAAAAAAAUGGAUAAUUUUCUAGAAUCGGUGUCUAGCAUGAUUCAACGGGUACAAGGAGAGUUGGAUACUGAAGCAGAGGCUAUGAGGAUUACGCAACAGGAACUACUCUCUGGAAGUGAUGCCAUAUAUACACCAGAUUCUGAUGUGUCAUCCCCAGUUAUCAACCGAAACCUCAUCCAAAAGGCUGGCUAUCUAAACAUGAGAAGCAAAACUGGUUUGGUUACCACAACAUGGGAGAGACUGUAUUUCUUUACACAAGGAGGUAACCUAAUGUGCCAGCACCGUGGUGAAGUGGCUGGGGGUCUGAUUCAGGACCUAGACAAUUGUUCAGUCAUGGCAGUGGACUGUGAGGACAGACGAUAUUGCUUUCAAAUCACCUCUCCCAAUGGCAAAUCGAGUCUAAUUCUCCAAGCAGAAGGAAAGCGGGAAUAUGAAGAGUGGAUUUCGGCAAUCAAUAAUAUUUCAAGGCAAAUCUACCUAUCGGAUAAUCCUGAGGCUGUAGCCAUAAGACUUAAUCAAACCGCUCAGCAGGCAGUAACUCCCAUCACCAGUUUUGAUAGAAAACUUGAAAAUAUACCACAAAGUCUUAACAGUGAAAGUGUCAUGCCGGCUGCAUCACAGAAUGAAUCGUCUGAGAAAGCUUCCCGGGAACCAGAGCUGGAACAGUUAAUAGCACCUGGAACCCCCAUACAGUUUGACAUUGUUCUACCAGCAACUGAGUUCCAGGACCAGAAUAGAAGCAACAGACGUACAAAUCCAUUUGGAGAAUCGGAUGAUAAACUUGACAAGUCUGCUGAUGAAGGUUUACUUUUGCAGCAGAUGUUUGUAGUUCGUUUUUUGGGCUCAAUGGCAGUAAAAACCGACCAUACCAACCAGGUUAUCUUUGAAGCGAUGAGACAAGUCUUGGCUGCAAGAGCCAUUCAUAACAUAUUUCGAAUGGCAGAAUCCCACUUGAUGGUAACUACUAAAAGCAUAAGAUUAAUAGAUCCCCAAACUCAAGUUAUCAGAAUAAGUUUUGACCUUGAAAAUAUAACCCAAUUUGCUGCCCAUCUAGAGAACAAGCGUUUGGUGGGAUUUGUUGUUUGCACCCCUGAAGCAUCUGGAGAGGAAUCCUUGAGUGCUUACAUCCUGGAAAGUAACACAGAGGGUGAAAAGAUAUGUUUUGCCAUCAGCCUGGGAAAAGAAAUUGCUGCUGCGGAGAAGGAUCCAGAUGCACUGGCCCAACUCAUGUCUUCAGUUCCGCUAUCAAAUGACGGCAAGUUUGUCCUUCUCAAUGUCCAGUCAGAGGAUGAUCACGAUAGUGUGACGUGCACGGACGGCCUGGAGUCUGAAGCAUAACAGAACUGACCUUUUUGAUUCCAUUUGCAAGUACUUUAAAUUCAAUGCCUGAUCGGUGAAAUGUUGAGGUGGUUGUUUUCAUACAUUCUAAUGAUGAGCUUUUAAGAUUAAUGGGAAAUUGUUCUAGAAAUGUCUGUUGUCUACAAAAUGUUACUCCAGUUCUAUUGUGAUGAUCCAGUACAAGAUCAUAAUGCAUAGAUCAGUGCUUUGUGAGAUGUGACAGCCUUGACCGAAAUCAUUGUAUUCUGCAUAGUGUUUUCUAUCAUUACAGCAAUCUCUGGUUCAGCAACAUCAGGCUUUGUGCAUACUGCUUCUGAGCCCUAUGUUUGGAUUAUACAUUGGGAAUACCUCCUGGCACAUUCCGUCAAACAUGUACAGAGAACUCUAUUCACACGUUGGCCUUUAUCAUGCCAGUAUAUGACUGCAUACCUUUAUUUUACCUCCAGCAAGCUGGGAUUUCCUAUCCAGAGGGCAACUGCAAAUAAAUGUAUUGUGCAUGCUGUACAUCUUUAUACAGUUGGUAGAUGUAUGGUUAUAGAUAUCUUACUGACAUAUACCCCUGACAAUAGACUCCGACACACUGACCUGCAAUUUCAAUAGAAAAUAAAUGUUAUGGUUCUUGGAUUGGACUACUCCUUGCCCUGAGAGUGCACCACCAUUCUUUUGAAUCCUAAGGGGAAAUUCACACUUGUUUGGGUAGGCUGUGCCAGUCAUUUCUUUUUGAAUACAGCCUGCACUGACUGCACUAAACCCCCUAAGGCAAUGUUUUCCAUCCAGGGUCCUUCCAAAUGUUGCAAAACUACAACUCCCAGCAUGCCUGGACAGCCGUUGGCUGUCCAGGCAUUCUGGGAGUUGUAGUUUUGCUACACCUGGAGGCACCCUGGUUCGGAAACACUGUCUGAAAGGGGUACUCCACUGGAAAACUUUUUUUUAAAUCAAAUGGGACCAGAAAGUUAAACA